AUGUCCUUCCCAGGCCCCGUUCAUAUCGCUGUAAUAGGUGGCACUGGGCUGGAGCACCUGCCUGACUUCCGAAAAGCCGCCAUUCUAACCGUUGACACGCCCUGGGGCCCGCCGUCUUCGCCCAUCACCAUCCUCGAACACCCCUCUCCGACCACCGGCCAUCCCAUUCCCAUCGCUUUCCUCGCCCGCCAUGGACCACACCACGCCCUUGCGCCUCAUGAAGUCCCCUCCCGCGCAAACAUCGCCGCCUUGCGCCACAUCGGCGUCAGAUGUAUCAUCGCUUUUUCCGCAGCGGGGAGUUUGGCGGAAGAGGUUAAGCCGAGAGAUUUUGUCGUUCCGGACCAGGUUAUUGAUCGGACCAAAGGGGUCAGGCCGUGGACUUUCUUCGAAGAAGGCGUGGUUUGUCAUGUCCCCUUCGCGGAUCCAUUUGAUGCAAAGGUAGGGGACGUGGUGAGGCGAUGCGGCCAUAGCCUGGAGGGGGACGGCGUUGUGUUGCAUGAUUCAGGCACGUUGAUUGUUAUGGAAGGGCCACAAUUUAGCACUCGCGCCGAGUCAAACCUGUACCGCACCUGGGGCGGAACUGUUAUCAAUAUGUCGACCUUACCAGAAGCCAAACUCGCUGCCGAAGCCGAGAUCGCCUAUCAAGUUAUCUUGAUGAGUACGGACUAUGACUGCUGGCACGACGUCCACGGCGACGUCUCCGUCGAGAUGGUCAUGGAACACAUGCGUGCCAACGCCGUCAACGCCCGCCGUUUCAUUGCUGCCGUGUUAGACGAGCUUUCCAAAGAAGAACACGACGACCUUGUCCGAGCCACGCACCUUGCCGGGGCAAGGAAAUUUGGAGUCAGUACCUACCCCGAAGGACGAGGGGAAAAGGCACUGGAGAAGUUAAGGUGGCUGUUUGAGGGGUAUUUCUGA